AUGUCAUCCAGAAUAACACUAUCAAGGACGAUAAAGUCCAUCCAUCUUGCGCUAUCGAAAAACUACUCUACACAAAGCAGGACCACAACUCGCGCCUACUUCGCAACGCACAAAAGAGUUGUGUCUGAACCAACAAUUCAUCCACUCUUCGAGACCACCACCAACACAUGGCAAUACAUCGUCGCUGACCCCAUCACCAAACAUGCAGUCAUUAUCGACCCUGUCCUUGACUACGACCCCGUCAAGAUAGCAGUAUCGACAAGCUCAGAUAAUGCGAUCAUCAAGAUUGUGAAAGACGAGGGCUAUCAGGUUGACAUUAUCCUUGAGACUCAUGCCCAUGCGGAUCAUCUUACCGCAGCAUCAUAUGUCCAGUCAGUCUUGUCCAAGAGUCAGAGUAUCAAACCAGCUAUUAGUAUUGGGAGUCGUAUCAAGCAAGUACAGAAAUUGUUUGGUGACAAAUACGGUGUCCCAAGCAAGGAAUAUGAUACUGUCUUUGAUAAGCUCUGGGAGGAUAACGAAGAGUUUGCCAUAGGAACUCUGACUGCACGAGCUGUUCACUUACCUGGACACACGCCUGAUCACAUGGGUUAUCAAAUUGGCAACAACGUUUUUGUCGGCGAUUCAAUCUUCAAUGUCGACGUAGGCUCUGCUCGCGCUGACUUUCCCGGUGGAAGUGCCAAAGACAUCUUCAAAUCAGGCCGCAAAUUGCUCUCCCUUCCCGAAGACACCAAGAUUUGGGUAGGCCACGACUAUCCACCGGAAGGCCGAGAUGCCCUACCCUUCGCUGCUGUUGGAGAGCACAAGAAGAACAAUAAGCAUCUCAAAGAUGGAACACAAGAGGAUGAAUUUGUUGAGAUGAGAAGGAAACGCGAUGCGACGUUGGCGGCACCGAGACUGAUUCAUCCUUCGUUGCAGGUUAAUAUCAGGGGUGGACAGUUGCCUGCUCCGAGUACUUCGGGAUCGCGCAUGUUCCAUCUUCCCUUGGCCACCCCGACGUGGUAG